AUGUCUGACCUUCCCUACGGACCACCAGUUAGAGUGUCCCCUUUGAUUCGGUUUGGCCGUUGGUCAUUCCUCACAGCCGGCAUCCUAUAUGGAGCAUUCCACCAAAACAGGCUCUCCAAGAAGGAGGCUAAGAUCCGUGAAAUUGAAGCCAAGGAAAAGGUUAUCAGGGAUGCGAAGCUCAAGGAGGAGAAAGCUAUCGCAGCAGCUGCUGAGAUAAAGGCGCUCGAAGAAAUGGUUGCCGGAAAGAAGUAG